AUGUCCAACACCGAUUUCCUCGGCCGAGCUAUCGAUACGGUCAAGAAAGCUAUCGAGCUUGACACCGCAGGGUCCUACGACCAAGCGUACCAACAAUACUAUGCGGCACUGGAGCUAUUCAUGCUAGCGCUGAAAUGGGAAAAGAACCCGAAAUCCAAGGAGAUGAUCCGGGCCAAGGCUGGCGAGUACAUGGACCGGGCGGAGAAGUUAAAAGCACAUAUUCAGGCCAACGACUCGAGCAAUCGCAAGAAACCCGCCGCUAUGGGCGUGAAUGGGAAGGCGGUAAACGGCGCCGGUAAAGCCGACAGCGGCGAUAAGGACGACGAAGAUGCGGAUAGCAAAAAGCUCCGAGGCCAGCUGACGGGGGCCAUUUUGACGGACAAGCCAAACGUGAAGUGGGAGGACGUGGCAGGACUGGAAGGAGCGAAGGAGGCAUUGAAAGAAGCGGUCAUUCUCCCCAUCAAGUUCCCACACUUGUUUCAAGGCAAACGACAACCUUGGAAGGGAAUAUUACUCUACGGGCCUCCCGGAACAGGCAAGUCGUACCUGGCCAAAGCCGUGGCGACGGAGGCGAACAGCACGUUCUUCAGCGUCAGCUCGUCGGAUCUGGUGAGCAAGUGGAUGGGUGAGUCGGAACGGCUGGUCAAGCAGUUGUUCAAUAUGGCGCGCGAGAACAAACCCGCCAUUAUCUUCAUCGACGAAGUGGACGCGCUGUGCGGGCCCCGCGGGGAAGGCGAAUCCGAAGCCUCGCGACGUAUCAAGACAGAACUACUGGUUCAGAUGGACGGCGUGGGCAACGACAGUAGGGGGGUAUUGAUCCUGGGCGCAACGAACAUUCCCUGGCAGUUGGACGCGGCCAUUCGUCGCCGAUUCCAGCGCAGAGUCCACAUCUCCUUACCCGACAAGCCUGCCCGAAUGCGCAUGUUCGAACUGGCGGUCGGAGACACCAACUGCGAGCUGUCCCAAGCCGACUAUAAGACGCUGGCAGAUAUGAGCGAGGGAUACUCGGGAAGUGACAUUAGCAUUGCCGUGCAAGAUGCGCUGAUGCAGCCCGUGAGGAAGAUCCAAACAGCUACGCAUUAUAAGAAGGUCACGGUCGACGGCCAAGAGAAACUCACCCCAUGCUCGCCCGGCGACCCGGGUGCCAUGGAGAUGACGUGGGUAGACGUCGAGUCUGACAAGCUGCUCGAGCCGCCUCUGCACGUCAAGGACUUCAUCCGCGCUCUCAAGGCCUCGAGGCCGACGGUGUCGGCCGAAGACCUGAAGCGGAACGCCGAGUGGACGGCGGAAUUUGGAAGCGAGGGAGCCUGA